AACACACAAGAGAAAUUCACAGAAAGGAUGAACAACGUGACAGAAUUCAGCCUGCUGGGCCUCACCCAAGACCAAGAACUCCAGAAGCUCUUGUUCCCUGUGUGUUUAAUCACCUAUUUAGUCACAAUAACAGGUAACACAUUCAUCUCAGUCACCAUCUUCAUCAGCCCAGCGCUGGGGUGCCCCAUGUACUUUUUCUUGUCAUACUUGUCCCUUAUAGAUGCUUUCUACUCUACUUCCAUUGCUCCCAAAAUGAUUGUGGAUUUGGCCUCUGAGAAGAACACCAUAUCCUUCAAUGGCUGCAUGACACAGCUCUUUGCUGAACACUUCUUUGCUGCAGCAGAGAUCAUCUUGCUCAUUGCUAUGGCCUUUGACCGCUAUGUGGCCAUCUGCAAGCCCUUGCACUACACCACCAUCAUGAGCCGCCCAUUGUGCUCUUUCCUGGUGGGGGCAGCUGGAGUAUUGGGGUUUAUUCACGGAGGCAUACAGGUGCUAUUUAUAGCUCAAUUGCCCUUUUGUGGCCCCAAUGUCAUUGACCACUUUAUGUGUGACUUAAUACCACUACUGGAGUUGGCCUGUAAUGACACUCACACUUUAGGGCCUCUGAUUGCUGCCAACAGUGGCUCACUGUGUUUGCUCACUUUCACUAUUCUGCUUGUUUCCUAUGUGAACAUCCUGUACUCCCUGAGGAAUCACAGUUCUGAGGGACGUCACAAAGCCCUGUCCACCUGUGCCUCUCACAUCACUGUGGUGAUCUUAUUCUUUGUACCUUGUUCAUACCUGUAUCUAAGGCCUAUGGUUUCAUUCCCAGCUGACAAACCUGUGACUGUGUUUUGUACCCUAAUAACACCUAUGUUGAAUCCAUUAAUCUACACUCUCAGGAAUGAGGAGGUGAAGAAGGCCGUGAAGAAGCUCUGGGUUCAAAUAAUAAAGACCGAUGAUAUGUAA